AUGAGGCCCGCCGCCCCCUCGAUAGAGAUCAUGGCUGCUCAGUCAGUCACGCCCGAUUCUCGCUCCUCGUCUUCUACAAACUCGCCUCUCCCUGCCGACAACGAGGAGUCAGACUUCUUCAUCGCCGGCAACGACUCGCAGUCAUCUCUCGGCGUUCCCAACAUCGAGGACAUGCAGGUCAACGAUGACCCGUGCCAACCCGCCGUCAACCGGCUGCCCAGCGAGAUUCUCAUCUCCAUCUUUGCCAAGCUCAACAACACAUCCGACCUUUUUCACUGCAUGCUGACGUGCAAGCGCUGGGCAAAGAACUCGGUCGACCUUUUGUGGCAUCGUCCUGCCUGCACCAACUGGAGAAACCACUCGUCCAUAUGCCAGACGCUGCAGCUUCCCACUCCCUUCUUUGCCUACCGCGACUUCAUCAAGCGCCUCAACCUAGCCGCCACCCCUCUCGCUGAUAAGAUCAGCGAUGGCAGCGUCAUGCCUCUCGCCGUCUGCACCCGCGUCGAGCGGCUUACCCUGACACACUGCCGGAACCUUACGGACCAGGGCUUGACGAAGCUCGUGGAGAAUAGCUCCUCCCUUUUGGCACUCGACAUAUCGGGCGACGAGAACAUCACAGACGUCUCCAUCAUGACCAUCGCUCAGCACUGCAAGAGGCUGCAGGGCCUGAACAUCUCCGGCUGCCGCAUGAUCACCAACGACAGCAUGAUCAAGCUUGCCGAGAACUGUCGCUACAUCAAGAGGCUCAAACUCAACGACUGUCAUCAACUGCGAGACAAUGCCAUCCUUGCCUUUGCCGACAACUGUCCUAAUAUCCUCGAGAUCGACCUGCACCAGUGUGCACACAUUGGAAACGAGCCCAUUACCGCCCUUAUCUCCAAGGGCCAGUCCCUCCGCGAGCUCCGGCUGGCGGGCUGCGAACUCAUCGACGACAUGGCCUUCAUGACGCUGCCCCUCGGCAAGACCUACGACCACCUCCGCAUCCUCGACUUGACCUCGUGUGCCAGACUCACCGAUCAGGCCGUGCAAAAGAUCAUCGAUGCCGCUCCGCGUCUCCGCAACCUUGUUCUGGCCAAGUGUCGCAACAUUACCGACGUCGCUGUCAAUGCCAUUGCGAAGCUUGGUAAGAACCUGCACUACCUGCAUCUCGGCCACUGCGGCCACAUCACCGACGAGGCCGUGAAGCGGCUCGUCCAGGCAUGCAAUCGUAUACGGUACAUUGACCUGGGAUGCUGCACAAACCUCACCGAUGACUCCGUCACGAAACUGGCACAGCUUCCCAAGCUCAAGAGAAUCGGUCUCGUCAAGUGCAGCAGCAUCACCGACGAGUCCGUCUUCGCUCUCGCUCGUGCCAACCACCGCCCUCGUGCGCGCCGAGACGCAAACGGUAACAUUGACGAGUACUACUCGUCCAGCCUCGAGAGAGUCCAUCUGAGUUACUGCACCAACCUUACGCUCAAGAGCAUCAUCAAGCUGUUGAACUACUGCCCUCGCCUCACCCAUCUCAGUCUGACGGGAGUUACCGCCUUCCUCAGAGAAGAGUUUGGCGAGUUCUGCCGCCCUCCCCCACCUGAAUUUACGGAUCACCAGCGCGGCGUGUUUUGCGUCUUUUCCGGUGCCGGCGUUUCGAGACUCCGGGAGUAUCUAAACUCCUCUGCCGAAUACGAGAGCUUGCGCGACUCCCCCCCUCGGUUCCCCGGAAUGCCGGGAUAUGGCGUCCGCCGCCCAGCCGAUCCCCGUGGCUCAACCGCCGGAAAUAUUGAACAAGCAAACGGCGAUGCCGAGGUUGACGACGCCGAGGCGCCGGAGGACGACGAAUUCGAGGGUCUCGACGGCAGCGAAAUGGCGGUAGAUGGCCAGCCUCUGUUGGCACAGAACCUGGUCAACGGCAAUGCCCAGAACGGUGUCCCUCCGCCGCCGCCGAACCAUGUGCCUCCGGCCGGCGCAGUCCCCAUGUUCGCGCAACCCCUGGGACAGGCCCCCCUGCUCUUCAGCCCUCUCAGCCCGGCCUUUCCUCAGGCCGCCCGCUCGCCGACCGCUAGCGGUCCGUCCAACCACCCGCCGCCCCUGGUCGUGUCAAGCCACUACUCCCCGACGAGUCCGGGACCCAGCACGUCAACGGCAAACACUCUCUCGCCCCAAGGAACAAACCUCGGCUUUCCGGCAUACACGAGCAGAAGACCCGCACCCCUAGGUGCCAGCACCGCGUCGAUGGAAGCUUCGAUGCUCAGCCCGGCCACCCAUCGCAGCCGUCCAGCAAGCAUCAUCUCCAUGGAGGCGUCCAUGCUGGGACCCGCGGAUCCAGAGAUGACGGAGCCGUCCACGCCGAAUGGACAGCAGCAGCACUCGUAA